CCAGCUGCUGCAAUAAUAUCUCUUUCAAAUUUUUUGUAGCUGUUAUUUUUGGCAUUAUUAUCAUUUGACAGUGAUGAUACAUUAUUCAAUUAUUCCUCAUGUCUAACUCAGUGAUGAUAAUCCACUAGGCAUUUGCUAAAAUGCUGCAUAUAUCUUGACAACAAGCACAUUUUUUAAAAGAUAAAGAUGUCCCUCUACCUGGUUGGUUAUUAUGUUAAAAUCAUAACAUAACAAACAGUAAAUAACCUCAAUUCCAAAUGUUUCCCUUUGUUUUAGUGCAAAAAAGUACAUUCUGAAAAUGUUCACAUUUCAUGACCUAUCUUUCAUGAGCUAUAAUUUCAACAAUAUUGUGCCUCAAAUUAUCAUUUACACAUUAAAACUUACAGAUCACAGUGUGUCCACAAAAGCACAAAAUAUUCAGUUUCAGGUAUCUUGAACUGUUCAAUAUACUAUGUUACUUUAUGAUCGAAACAACUUGUCAAGAUGUAGAAAUGAUUUUACAUUUAUAUUAAUUUCUAUAUGUGUGCAAUAAUCCUGACCUUCUGAACUGACGUACUAUUAAGGAAGAAGGUUCAGUUGUCCUCUUGACUUGUAAAUGUCGAAAAUUUAUACAUAAAAAAUACAAAAGUUGUUUCAGUUCAUGAAGUACUUUUGUACUGAAGCUGCUGAUUGACCUUAUAUUGCACAAUGUUCGGUGUCUUUAAAUAUUUUCACAGGAAGUAUUUCACCUCUGUAAUUUUUGCACUUUGCAAAGUCAUCCUGUGGGCUGGUUUUGGCCCGCAGACCGUAUGUUUCACACCCCUGCUGGAAAUGUUAGUUGUGAGUUGAGUUUAACUGUGUCUGUGCCAGAGGAAGCAGGAUAUUGUUUUAUCUCUUAGUUUAUGGCCCGGAGAUGCUCCUCCCCACAGCAGUCAGUGUUUACCUGAGUGUUCUCACCUGGUUGGUUCAGGUGGAGUUGAGCUGCUGCAGCGACGCUACAACAUGCAAGAGGAAGUACCUGGUUAACAUCUGAAACCCCCUACUCUUUGAUUUUUCUACUGUCCUGUCAUGAAGGCGAACUUUCCCGGUGUCAGUGUGGAGGCUUCACUGAAAUGUGUCAAACAUCACGAGUGUGAACCCAUUUACCAUCAUGAAAAUGCGAACGUGGUCAUGCAUCGCAGUGUGAUAACCUUUAAAAACGGACGACACCAGUGAAGCGUGUGAAACUUCUGCUUCUGGGAUUUUUCUAGACCACUUGAGAUUACUGGACUUGUUGUCAACACUGUAGUAAUACUGUCAAGUGGGAAAUACAGUGUUUCUUUUUAUAUAGAAGCCAGACCAGACACAAAACUGAAACUAAGACUGUCAGAGCUGCAUUGGAGGAAGAUGUUUUGGGUCCUGAUGCUUGUUUGUUUGCUCCAUGGAGCCUCGGCCACACAAAUCAGAGGAUUUGGAAACUCAACAGCUUUGUAUGGUGACGAUGCACAUUACUGGUGUGCGGUGGAUAAUCCAACAGGUGUGCUGCAGGUCACCUGGCAGAGACUUUAUCUGGACGAGUCCAUAGAGAAUCUAGCCACUUACAGCAAGCGCUUUGGAGAGCAAGUAAAUCAGCCGUACAAGAGGAAAGUGAUCUUCACCAAAGCGUCUCUCAGCUCAACAUCCAUCACUCUGAAGAAUGCCACCUGGGAGGACGAAAGCUGCUAUAUUUGCUCAUUUAACGUGUAUCCUGAUGGGUCCAAACGGAGACAGACCUGCCUCAAAGUGCUUGGAAUAUCGGCGGUGAACACAAGCCAUACAGUGAGCAGAGAACAGCAGGAGGACGGCAGGACGGUGGUGUUCAGCUGCUCUGCUACAGGUAAACCAGCUCCAACCAUCAGGUGGGACUAUUCAUCUGGUGCCAGCAGCAUCCAUCAGCCACAGACUGAUGUAGUAACCAACAGCGACCAAACGUUCACCAGCAGCAGCAGCGUCACUCUGAAGUUCCGUCCGGACUGGAGAGGACAUGUGGACUGUGUGCUGAACGCUGGGAUGGACAGUCAGAGGCAGGAGAGGAUCAACUUCACUUUAUCUGAUGAAGAGAAGAAACCGGAUAAAGGAUCGCCUCCGUCAGCGGUGGCUCUGGUUAUCACUGCCGUCAUUUUUAUUUCCUGCAUCACUGUUACGGCUGUAAUGCUGCGAAAAAGGUUGAAGGAUAAACACAAAGGUGAAAUUACUGAACAACAAGUGUUGGACCAUUUAGCUGUCAUCUGACAUUAGAUUUGGUCACAGUAAGCAUGAAAGCAUUACAGAAAUCUGCAUCUUAUAGCAUCCGAGAAGUGAAACUAAGCUGAAAGCUGCUGUCCAAGAUCCAUGUUUCACAGGAACCAGAUGUGUUUUGUGCUUUUCUAACUACCUGUCGUUUGACAUUUCCUUGAAACUGCAGCACUUUAACUUCGUGGAGCUAAAAGUAAAACGCUUGUUCAGGCUUUGUUGAAUGCAAAGAUCGAGGAGAAGCAACAGCAGACGGUUUACAUAGAGUUCAUAUUUUAUCAGAAUUCAUCACAUUUUGAAGCAUAGUGCAAUAGUGAAAGCUGGCUUCUAACAGAUCUAACAGAUUACCAGCACAGUUGAACUGAAACUCAGUGAAGAGACUGAAACCACUGACUGUGCUGCCAUCUAGUGUUUUUAAAACUGAGAAUCAAAAAGUUAAGCGAAUUUCAACUGUUACUUUGACAAUGUGAGACAUAGCUUAAAUAAUAAUUUAUCAUAUAAUGGAAUAUUUCCUGCGUGUUAUUUGGUGUGUUGGCAAUUUUGCACUUGCAGUUCAGCACUUUUCUUGCAGUUUGCACUUUGUAUGAACUUGGAAUAUUAUUUAUUAUUUACACACAAUAUACUCAGUGAGCAUCUGCACAUAGCAUGAAAUAGGACAUUUACUGUAUGGUUGUAACUGUGGUAAGGAGAAGACCAUUAAACUGUGGAGUGCAUGACUUCGAUUCAGGUUCUGCACAAGUUCUGAGGAAAAAAUGAAUCUUUCUGUUGAUGUAUUUCAGAUAAUUUAUUUCCAUGUAUUUAUUUCUGAUGAUUAAAUGGCUACAAGUGCUUUUAUUUAUGUUUGUUGCAGAAACAUAAUUGGAGUUUCACUGAAUUAAAACGUCUUUAAACAUUG